GUUUAGUUUGAGAUACUAUGUUAGCCAGUCUCAAAUUACUCACCAGUUUGUGGCUGCUGCUGUGGCUACGGCUGGACAAUGUUCCCGGCCAGGCAGUGGAAAACAAACCCGUCACGGAAGACUGCCUGGAAUGCCUCUGCGAGACGAUGAGCGGCUGCAAUGCCACAGAGAUCUGUGUGAACGGGGCAUGUGGCAUCUUUCGGAUAACCGAGGGUUAUUGGGUGGAGGGGGGACAACUAACGCUGCCCAACGAGACUCCGCUGUCCGAGCGAGCCUUCACCAAUUGUGUCAAUCAGCCCCUCUGUGCGGCGAAUACGAUCCAGAGCUAUAUGUACAAGCACGGGCAGGACUGCAAUGGCGAUGAUCACAUCGAUUGCCUGGACUUUGGAGCCUUGCACAAGCUGGGAAAUCUGAAGUGUCGCGGCGAGCUACCCUACAUAUUCGCCAAGGUAUUCAACAGCUGUCUAAAGGGCAAGGAGAGACAGGCCCAGAACGCGGACCAGACCCCGAACCAAGUGAAAAUCAAGGACCAGUCCUCAACAUAAUUGAUUCUUUAUUGGGUUGAAUCGUUUUACUGUUUUUUAAACAAUCUUUUAAUACAUAUACAUACAUACAUACAUCGAAA